AUGUUUGCUCAAAAAUGUAUUAUUCGGCUUUUGAAACACUGUCCGUGUAGACAUAUUGUAAAAGUGAGAAAUGUUCACAUUUCCGUGAUCGGCGCCGGGAACGACGUUGGAUUGAAUUUAGGAUUGUUGUUGAAAACUAACCAGAAGGUGACCAGGCUCAAUCUAUACGAUGACGACGACAAGAUUUACGGAGUCGGUUGCGAACUGAACAACAUCCCCGGAGGGCCGGUCGUGGAGGCGUUCGCGGGCGAGCAGCAGCGGGGGCUCGCGCUGCGCGACGCGGACCUCGUCGCGCUCGUCGCCCGCACGCCGCGCAAGCUCGGCUCCACGCCGCACCAAAUGAUCAUCGAGAACGCGCCCGCCAUACAAAAAGUCUGUUUAACCAUCGCUAAUCACAAUCCUGAAGCAUUAUUUGCGAUUUCCACGGAUCCUAUAAACUGUAUAGUGCCUUUUGCGAGUGCUUUAUUGUCGAUGUACAAUUGUUAUAAUCCUUUCAAAGUGUUCGGCAUAACGCACAUUGACACGGCGAGAUCUCGCGCGUUUGCCGGUAAAAUGCUGGACGUGGAUCCCAAAAUAAUAAGAGUUCCCGUCGUCGGCGGUCAUUCUGAUAAAACAAUAGUGCCUUUAUUUUCUAAUAUAGAACCCUCCUGUUAUUCUAUUAGCUCCGAACAGGCCGAUAUGUUAACGCGGUUCGUGAGAACGGCCGAUAAAGACGUUAUACUCAAUAAACAAGGCACAGAAUCAGCUACAUUGGCUAUGGCGUGGUCGAUCCAUGAAUUUAUUGACUCAAUAGUAGACUCACUUAACGGUAAAGAAGUAAUUGUGAAUACCUACAGUCCAAACUUGAUGUUUGGAACGCGAUAUUUCUCUGGCCCCGUGAAGGUGGGCGCCGACGGGAUCAUGGAGUCGCUCUGUGACUACCACAUGAAUGACUUCGAGCGGGAGCUCCUGAGAGAGGCGCUGCCCCUCAUACACGAGGAUGUUUCAAAAGGAGAAGAAUACGCCGGUGUGGUCAAAACUUUAGGCCGUUAUUAUACUUGACCCUCGAAAAAUUGCAAUGUGAUUUAAGCGAAGUCGAGUUCCUUCUAUUUGUCGUAUUUAAUAAUAAUGUUUUUGGUUUUCUGAUAUCACUUUUUUGUUUCAAGAGCACAAGCCUUUUUUUA